GCCGGGCCGCCCCGAACCCGGAAGCGGGCGGCGGGCGGUGCCGGGCGCGGGCUGCGAGGAGCCGCCCUGCCCCCUGCCCGCCCGCGGCCGGCGCCCCAGGAGGAAGAGGAGCGGGAGGAGGAGGAGGAGGAAGCGCCGCUGCGGCAGCAUGAACGCGGCUAAGCAGCCCCCCGGCGCGGGGGCCGCUGCCGAGGAGAAGGCGCCGGUUGGGGACUCGGCACCGGAGCCGUCGCCGCCGCUGCUGAGCGUGGACGUGACGGGUUUGGUGUCGCAGUUCGCCAGGAGCUUCGUGCUGAUCUUCCCCGUGUACGUGCUGGGCUACCUGGGGCUGAGCUUCAGCUGGGUCCUCAUCGCGCUCUGCGGGCUCUUCUGGAUCCGCAGGCACCGCGGCGGCAAGACCUCGCGGCUGGGCCGGGCGCUCGCCUUCCUGGAGGACGAGGAGGAGGCGGUGCGGCUCAGCGUCUCCUCUGCCGAUCUGCCCGCCUGGGUCCAUUUUCCGGACACAGAGAGGGCAGAAUGGCUCAACAAGACUGUAAAACAGAUGUGGCCUUUUAUUUGCCAGUUUAUUGAAAAGCUCUUCCGGGAGACCAUAGAACCAGCAGUAAGAGGAGCAAACAACCACCUUAGUACCUUCAGUUUUACAAAGAUUAAUAUUGGUCAUCAGCCUCUGCGGAUAAAUGGUGUAAAAGUGUACACUGAAAAUGUGGACAAAAGGCAGAUCAUUUUGGAUCUUCAAAUCAGUUUUGUUGGAAACUGUGAAAUUGAUUUGGAGAUCAAGAGGUACUUCUGCAGAGCUGGUGUGAAAAGUAUACAGAUCCAUGGCACUAUGAGGGUUAUCUUGGAACCACUAAUUGGAGACAUGCCCCUAAUUGGAGCACUGUCCCUUUUUUUCCUUAGGAAACCUCUUUUGGAAAUUAACUGGACUGGACUGACCAAUCUUCUAGAUGUUCCAGGACUGAAUGGCCUAUCAGAUACGAUAAUAUUGGAUAUAAUAUCUAACUACCUGGUCCUUCCAAAUAGAAUUACAGUCCCCCUUGUCAGUGAAGUGCAGAUUGCACAGUUGCGGUUUCCUAUACCAAAGGGUGUUCUAAGGAUACACUUUAUUGAAGCUCAGGACCUGGAAGGGAAAGAUACUUACCUAAAAGGCAUUGUCAAAGGGAAAUCAGAUCCUUAUGGAAUCAUCCGGGUUGGCAACCAGAUUUUCCAAAGCAAGGUCAUCAAAGAAAAUCUCAAUCCAAAAUGGAAUGAAGUUUAUGAGGCCUUAGUGUAUGAACAUCCAGGACAGGAGCUGGAGAUUGAGCUCUUUGAUGAAGAUCCAGAUAAAGAUGACUUCCUGGGAAGUUUGAUGAUAGAUUUAAUUGAAGUGGAAAAGGAACGUCUUCUAGAUGAGUGGUUUACUUUGGAUGAAGUGUCCAAAGGAAAAUUGCAUUUAAAACUGGAAUGGCUCACAUUGAUGCCAACUGCUGAAAAUCUAGACAAGGUGCUAACAAGCAUUAGAGCUGAUAAAGACCAAGCCAAUGAUGGGCUUUCUUCUGCAUUGCUUAUUCUCUAUUUGGACUCAGCAAGAAACUUGCCUAGUAUCUACGAGGGAAACUUUGGGUGUGGAUACUUAAAAGAGAGGAGAGCAUCGGGACUAGUCUUUUGUGAAAACACUACCUCACUCUAUAGAGCACUAUUUCAUAAUCCGUUAGAAUUUAACCCCGAUGGCUUGAAGAAGGCUGCUGUUCAGAAAGCCCUAAAGUCAGGAAAGAAAUUAAACAGCAAUCCCAACCCACUUGUUUUGCUGUCAGUUGGACACAAGGCACAGGAAAGUAAGAUUCGAUACAAGACCAAUGAACCAGUAUGGGAAGAAAACUUUACCUUCUUUGUACACAAUCCAAAAAGACAAGAACUUGAAGUUGAGGUGAGGGAUGAACAGCACCAGUGUUCUUUGGGGAACCUCAAACUGCCUCUAAGCCAGUUGCUGGAGAGUGACGAUUUGACUAUGCAUCAGCGAUUCCACCUGAGCAACUCUGGUCCAAACAGCACUAUAAACAUGAAGAUUGCACUCAGGGUCCUUUCUCUUGAAAAGCAAGCAAGAUCUCCAGAUCAUCAACACUCAGCCCAAGUAAAAAGGCCAUCUGUUUCCAAAGAUGCAAGAAAAUCAUCUUUUAAGCCUCAGGUUCCUAUCUCACCACAACCUGACUCAAACAAACCUGUUCCAGCUUCCCCAGUGACUGAUAGUGAUAAAAAGACUGAUACAGCUGAAAAAAGUCAGCCUCCCAAUGCGAGCCCUCAGUGGCCAACGGAUCUCAGCCGAAGUUCCUCCAGUCUUCAUGCCUCUAACUUCUCUUACUCUCCCAGCCACCUCUCGGUCAAAGAACCCACUCCAAGCAUAGCCUCAGACAUAUCUCUGCCGAUCGCCACACAGGAGCUACGGCAAAGACUACGACAGCUCGAAAAUGGAACAACAUUGGGGCACUCUCCGUUAGGACAGAUUCAGCUAACGAUUCGUCAUAGUUCACAGAGAAACAAACUGAUUGUGGUAGUGCAUUCCUGCAGAAAUCUAAUAGCAUUUUCAGAAGAAGGAUCAGAUCCAUAUGUGCGAUUGUAUUUAUUGCCUGAUAAGAGACGAUCAGGAAGAAGAAAAACACAUGUAUCAAAGAAGACGUUAAACCCUGUGUUUGAUCAAAUAUUUGAUUUCAGUGUUUCCCUGCCUGAAGUACAGAGAAGAACACUAGAUGUAGCAGUGAAGAACAGUGGUGGUUUCUUGUCCAAAGAUAAAGGGCUGCUUGGCAAAGUAUUAAUACCUCUGGCAUCUGAAGAACUUGCUAAAGGCUGGACCCAGUGGUAUGAUUUAACAGAAGAAGGUACAAGACCACAUGCAGCAAGUUAGGUCCAUGGAUGCUGGGAACUCCCCACGUGUAAUUUUGCCAAGCUCUAUAUAUUUUUAAAGCGUUGUUCACACAGAUGUACCAAUAUUAUUUUUGUAGCUUUACUGAUUUAGUUCUUAAGACACAUCCCCAAUAAUUUUAUAACACAGUUAUUUUAUGUAGACAUAGCCUUCCUCAUGGUUAAACUUUGUAUUUUAAUUUGCUUAACAAUUUUAUGUGUUACUGUAAUGUGCAAUAGUACAGUAAAGUAACCUUUUGUGUUUAAAUUGAUCUUUAUGACAGCUGUACCUAUUAGCAAGUGAAAAGAUUAUGUUCUGCUGUUUUCCUGUCUUGUUUUAUAUCUCACCAAGUAUACUGUACCAUGUAAAUAUAUACUAUUUUUUUAUAAUUCUUUCAUGCUGGUUUGAAUUCAGAAGAAAAUUGGAUAAAGGAUAUAGAUAUUUUCUUCUUAAAUGCAUGUUAAUUUCUUCAGAUUAAUCUCUUUUGUCUUUGCAGCACAGUGGUCUUAAUCAUUUUGUGAAAAUCUUCAAAAAGAAACUGCUGAAGAAUGUUUUUACUUUAUUGUGUUUCUGGCCCAGUGUGGCUAGCUUAAAAUGUACAAAACAUUAACAUUUUAAUAUUUAUAUAUAAAUGUAUUAUUGGAAAAAUCAUGCUAUAGAAUAUUAUGAACAAAUAUGAGAAUUCUAUUAAUAUUGUAUAAAUAGAGAAUGAGGUCCAUGAAUGACAGUUGCUAAAUCUGAGUUUUCAUUUAAUGGCAUAAACAUUGCACCCAGUGCAGUUUUAUUAUACAGGUUCACUUGGAUUUUGUUAUUUAUUCCUGGGCUCUAUAAUACCAGAUGUGACCUUUUGAAGCUAUGAGGACAUUAAUUUUUUCCAUAUUACAAACAAAAUCUGUAACCACUUAGAACUGUCCUUACUGCCACAUUUCACAGAUUUAUAAGGUAUACAAUCAGCUUGCAGUGCAAGUCCAUACCGUAGGCAUACAUACCAUACGUAUGUUGUUUUUCUUAUAGAAUACUGUGCUAAAUAGUCUAUUAUUACCUUCUAUAAUACUAAAAUGGAACACAGAUAAGUUAGAAAGUGUGAAACUAGGUUGAAACUGCCUGUCUUUGCAGUUGCUUCAUUGCCCCUUAGUAUGUUUAGUGCAUGGAAGAAAUGCACUUUCGUGGUCCCCGUGGGUUUCUUGGGGACUAACAGCAUUCUGCCGAAGCAUUGCUAUAGUCGGCUGCACAACUACGCUUAGCUCAAAAUGAUAAAAGUAGGCAGUUGAGAGGUGAAGCCAGAGUAUCAGUCUCAACAGCUGAGCUCGUAACUCUAAUUUUAAGCACUCUGGGGAAAUUUUUUGUGUUCAGAACUGUUUUUUCUUUUUCUGGUAGAUUUUCUCAGACUGUUAUAAAAAUGUGCAUUAAGAAUCCAAGAGAACAGUUCAGCUCUUCCAGAGCCAGCACCCUCAUUCUUGGAUAAAUAUGCAACUAGACAGACAAAGUAUAUUAUUUAACUAAGAUUGUAGAAUGAUCUCUCAGCCAAGAAAGAAUGUUAAAGCAGAAUAAUAAACUCCUGAAAUUAGCUUUAUUGUGAGAUUACUGACAGAACCUUAAUUCUAGAUGUAGAAUAUGCCUACAUUACUAGAUGUACCAAAGUGCCUACCGUAGAUGUAGCUUUUCAUCUUUUUCAUGUUUAAGAUUUGACUCAUUUCAGUUUGUCUCAGUUCAGUUUACCAUAAACAUCUGUCAUGGAUGUGUGACGCACACUUACACCUCUAUACAGUGUUGGCCUUCUUUUUGCCACAUUUUAUACAGGACAAUUAUAGCAAACAACCUUACAUUGUAAAUUUUGCUGUUACUUUCUGAUAGAUUGGGCAAUCAAGAGGAGUUAUUUGUAAGAAAACAUUUCCAUUUGAAGGCUUUACUCUGUUAGAAUGUAUGAGUAUCUAUAUAUAGACACACACUCAUCUGUUCAUGUUAAAUGUAAUAUAUUAUGAAAUACAUAUUUUCUUUGCUAUUUCUCCAUUAAAAUGUUAAGAAUGGUAAGAGAAUUAUUGUUAGUGCAGAAAGCGAAAACUAAUGUAAAUAAUGGAGGUCUGAGUGCAGCAGUUCAGCAUCAUCGUCUCUUGCCUUGGUUCAGGCUGGGGUAGAAGGCCUUUUGCUGUACUUCUUGUCCAGUGACUCCCAGAGUUUGAUCCAUAGCCAAGAAAUGGGCUGUUAGACUGAUUUGGUGUUUCAAGUCUGGAGCAAAGUCUGGAGACAGAUGUUCGAAGGCUCUGAAAUUAAACAAAUAAAAGUACACAUUUUCUUUUCUGAUGUCUUGAGUGGGACAAAAAGUGUUGUUUGGGUAAAUGUGGGAUGAUAGCAUUAAGUGAGUAACUGAAUAAAGAAUAUAGGGCAGUUUUCCAAAAUAACUCACAACUUAAAAUUAGGGAUAAGUUCUUAAGAGAUCUCAGUUCCUAUUUAGGAAUCUAAACUUAAGAGAUUGAGUUGUCGUUGUAAUUCAGUACCUGUAAUUCACAUCAAUUGUAAUCAGUCUUGUAUGCUAAACUCUUUAGAAAUGUUCUCUGGAGUGAAUUUGGAUCAGAAUAUGAUGGCCUAGAUGAGACUGAUUCUUUUGAUAGUGGAAACAAGCCUCUGAUUAACAGUUAUCAUAUUUUGAUUAUUCUGUUUAUAUGGAAGUAGGAAGGAUGAACAUCAGUUUUCCUCUAGGCAAAAAUUGCACCUCAUUAUUCCAUAUCAAAUACGUAUUCAAUAUCAGCUGACAGCUUUUCAUGUAGUUCUUUUUUAUCCUGUGCCUUAAAAUAUGAACAUAUGAUGUUUAAGAAAUGGUUAAAAAUAAGCUUUGUUACCUGUAUGUACCAACAUAUUCUCUACUACUGAAACUGUUUUUAGAAUUACUCUGCUUCAUUGACAAGAAAACCAGCUUUCUUCAUUAUAGCAGUGGUAUAAGCCGAACUCAAAUCAGCAUGCAUAUCACUUGGACUUGGAUUAAAAGAAUUUUCAUUUUCUGUCUUGAAUCCUUUAUCAGAACUGCAGCAAAUGGUGAGAGUUGAAAUGAGAACAAAGGGUAAUCAGUUUUGUACAGAUUGCCUCUUUUGCUCAUGUAAUUCUACAUUAUGAUGCAUGUAUUUAUUCAAUAAAUGGUUCAUAUGGAAGUUGGUGUAGUUUUUCCCUCUUUUGUGUAUCCUCAUCCUAAUCAGUAAUAUGAUGAGGUGAAUUUUUCAAGUAGUCUUGCAUGCUGAGUGCUCUACCCCAGGUAGGCAUGCUCUGAGGGGCACUGGCAAACUUUGGGGUUUUAACUGAAAGCAGUGAGAAGUACGGGAUCCUUCCUUGGGGAAUUCCUUGCUUAUUGGUCUGGAACAGAUUCACCUGUAAGAAUUAGUAAGUUCUUUUUUCAACUUAUGUGUAUAAAAUAUUCUCUUAAAAUGAUCAGUUGGAGAGACUGUCUCAAUCCUAGAACUUGCUUAUCAACUGUAACGAACUAUGCUUUCAGCAGGACAUGGAACUCUGUG